AAAAAAAAAGAACUCAUUCCAAACCUUCCACACCUCGCGUAUCUCACAAACACCACAAACUUCUAUUUAGACACAAUUGCAUAGACGACUUAGAUCAGCAGGAAGGUGUCUGCGGCAAGAGGAUCCUCACCACGGAUUCCUCCGGUCGGUUCAUCGUUGGCAAGGACUCGACGCCCAUGCAACUUUGGCAGCACGUCGAUUCCAAUGGUAAAUUGCACUAUUCGUUGAUGCCCGCGUCGAACGACGCCAAGAAGAAAUCGGAAGAAGAGGACGUUUCCCCCACUCUGGUUAAAAUGGAGGACGAGGAGCAACAGAACAACAUUGGGAAUCGUUACGUGGACGAUUGCGUUCACUUGUGCGAGGUGGCCAUCGACUUUUACACUUGCGAUAAGUGCAGUAUGAAGUUUCCUGCGGAGAGCAUGUUGAACAGACACAAGAUCUCUCACAAAUUGAAUCUAUCCCGGCUUCGUGGAAAACGUUCGAGCAAUGGCCACAGGUUGAAAAGAACGUCGGGAAGGGAGUGUAAGAAAUCGUCGAGGAAACGAAGAUACGAUUGUACGUCGUGUGACUUUAGUUGCGGUAAGAGGUGUUCGUUAACUGUCCACGUGAGAAAGAAGCAUGGGCUUGCUUCGGUCAAGGAAGAUUCGAGUAAAAUCUUGUGCGUGAUUUGCGAAAGAAAAUGUGACACUCGGUCUAUCCUGAAUAAACACAUGGAGGGGCACAGGGACGGGAAAACGAGUUACUUCAUGUGCAACAAUUGCAGUUUCUCGUGUAAAAGGAGCAGCACUAUAGUUUCUCACGUGGUGCAGAAUCAUCAGAAGUCGGAUAUCGGGGAAAGCAACUCGAGGAAGAGGUGCAGGGUGGUUAAGUGCAACGAUGAACCGAAGGAGGUGAAGGAGGAAUCGAAGGAAACGUGUUCAGAGAGAGAUAAAUAUGGUUCGAGCACCACACCGUCCGAGUUCGAAUGCAAAAGCGAGCCUUCUGUCACCACUCGCGCGACCAAGAAACAGGUUAAGAAGCCUGUGGUCGAGGAACAGUGCAAUCUCUGCGACUUCAAAUGUUCGAAAAAGAGCACUUUGUACUCGCACAAACGCCAACACAAAAUCAUGGAGAUCAGCGACGUGUACUCUUGCAACGAAUGCAUAUUCAAGACCAAUAAAAAGUCGUCUCUGUACUCGCAUAUAAAAAGGAAGCACAAGGUGGCGAAAUCGUGCGCGUCCGAUGGCCAGCCGCAGUUAUUCUACUGCAACCAAUGCGACUACAAGAACAAGAACAAAUAUGAAUUAAAAGUCCACGUGGCCAGAAAGCAUACGGAUGAUUUCAAGUUCUCGUGCGAGACUUGUGGCAAGAAAUUCAAAGUGAAAGGUGAUCUGACUAACCACAUACGUUUCAGCCAUAAGGAACAACCGGUUAUCUGCGAUGUUUGCGGGAAAACGUGUCUGAACAGCAACUCUUUGUACGUGCACCAGAAAUUCGCCCAUUACAAGGCUAAAUACGAGUGCCAGGUGUGCAAGAGGCGGAUGGUCACUCAGGAAAACUUGAACGAACACAUGAUUAGGCAGCACGAGAAGAGGGAGAACGUGGUUUGCGAGGAGUGCGGGAAAACCUUCUCCAGGAACAGCAGAUUGAAAGUCCACAUGAGGAUCCACACCGGCGAUAAACCGUACACCUGCACUAUAUGCAACAAAUCGUUCGCGCGUAGAACAGCGUUGAAACAACAUUUGUUAAUUCACACUGGGAUCAGGCCUUAUGUCUGUGACAUAUGCGGUAAGGCGUUCACACAGAAACCUGGAUUGAUCAGCCACAGGAAGUCGCAUCCCGGCUCGCAUCCUCCACUUCCCAGGGUGUUGAUCGAUCAUAUACUGAACGAAGUAAUGAACAAUUGAGAUUGUUCAAAAAUAAUUAAAGUGGUCGUUCAAUACCGUGAAUGGAAAUGAUGAACGUUGUCUUGUGCAAUUAGUGUUUUUUUUUGAUUUGUCUUAUUGUUAGCGGACUAUGUAAAGGAUUAAGAUACUUUCAAGAUAUUAAAAUAGGGAUAUACAGAU